CCUUUAUUAUGCAAUUCAUCAAGAAUCUUUAAAAACUGAAAAUGGACUGGAUAAAAAAAGUCAUGGGAUGUGUACAGGCCAAGAACUCGAUGAACUCACCGGCUAAAGGGUUGAACAAGUUGAAAAUGGAAAAUGGUUACGUGGGGAAAGACAUGAUGGGCCACAGGAGAUCCACGGGUCAGAGAUACAAUGAGAGGGAACUGGGCGGCGGCCGGAUUCUUAGGCCGGACUUGCCUGUUGUUCCUGAAAGUAGUGGUGAAGGGAAAGCGAUUAAUAGUGGAGUGAAAAGAGAUUUGCAGAGUGGAAAUAAUGAGGAUGGUGAGGUGGUUGAUGGAUGGCCUAAAUGGCUCAUUGAUAAUGUUCCUAGAGAGGCUUUGGCUGGUUUAAUUCCGAAAAGUGCCGAGUCCUAUGAUAAACUUGACAAGGUUGGGCAGGGUACUUACAGCAAUGUGUAUAAAGCUCGAGAUAGAGACACUGGAAAAAUUGUUGCCCUGAAGAAGGUUCGAUUCGAUACAUCAGAACCUGAGAGUGUGAAAUUUAUGGCAAGAGAAAUUAUGAUUUUGCGGAAGUUGGAUCAUCCCAAUGUAGUAAAGCUUGAAGGAUUGGCAACAUCAAGAAUGCAAUACAGUCUUUAUCUUGUUUUUGAUUUCAUGCAGUCAGAUUUAACAAGAGUCAUCUCCCGGCCUGAUGGGAGACUCACUGAACCUCAGGUGAAGUGUUAUAUGCAUCAACUGCUUUCAGGUCUGCAGCAUUGUCAUGAAAGAGGGAUUUUACAUCGCGACAUCAAGGGAUCAAACCUGUUGAUUGAUAAAAAUGGGAUGCUAAAGAUCGCAGAUUUUGGACUUGCAAAUUACUUUUCUCCAAACCAAAAGCGCCCCCUCACAAGCCGAGUUGUGACACUUUGGUAUAGAGCCCCUGAACUGUUGUUGGGCACCACAAAUUAUGGUGUUGGUAUUGAUUUAUGGAGUGCUGGAUGCCUCUUGGCAGAAAUGAUUGCAGGCAGGCCAAUUAUGCCUGGUAGAACCGAGGUUGAGCAACUUCACAGGAUUUUCAAGCUAUGUGGUGCACCAUCAGAGGACUACUGGAAAAAAUUGAAGCUGUCCACAACUUUCAGGCCACCACCAUACAAACCUUGUCUUUUCGAAGUCUUCCAUGAUUUUCCCGAAUCUUCUUUGGGUCUCUUGAGCACUCUUCUCGCAUUAGACCCCGCAUAUCGUGGCUCAGCAUCUUCAGCUCUCCAAAAUGAGUUCUUUUCCACAAGUCCAUUGGCAUGUGAUCUUUCAGGUCUGCCUGUAAUUUAUAACAAGGAUGACGACUCAACCACUGCGAUCGAACAUAGAAAGAACAGGAGAUCUAGAAUGAAGCAUCGGUCUAAAACACAUCGCGAGCGCAGAAUUAAAGAUCAAGCCACUGAAUUACCAAAACCAGAAAAUGAAUCAAAUAAUGAGGAGCCGGAGGAGAAGAUUGUAGAGCUAGAUGUGCAACGCCACGAGCCCAGUAGCAGCACCAGCAGCACCUCAUCCAGCGCAAAGCAAAGCAACCAGACGGAUACCUUGCCUUUCCUGCUCUCCGGACCCACGGAUUCGCGUCAAAAGAUGUCACCAGGAACACAUGAUCAUCCUAAUGCAGGCAAGAACAUAAAAAACCGGCCUCCAUUACCCCCCUCCAGAACGCGUUCUAACAAUUAUAAUGACAAUGCUGAUAACAAAUACAGAUUAAAUCAAGUCCAUAGGUCUGCAUCCACCAGAGAAUUCAGGAAAUUGAGUCACAACAAUAACUUGGAAACUCUAUGCAUUUGA